ACUCGGGUCCAUAGUUCAAAACGAAACCAAGCAAGCUUUCGGUCAUGGCCCCGCCGGCAACGAAUAGCCCGGGAGAGGUCGACAGCGGCGGCCGCCCGCAUGUCAUGUUCAUCCCAAGCGCUGGCAUGGGCCACCUCAUCCCAUUCUUCCGCUUCAUCGCGGCUCUCGCUGGGCAGAGCGUCGACAUCUCUGUGGUGACUGUCCUUCCUACCGUUUCUGCCGCCGAGGAGGACUACUUCACCAGCCUCUUCGCUGCCCUCCCCCGUGUCCGCCGCGUCGACCUCCACCUCCUGCCGUUCGACGCGUCCAAGCUCCCAAGCAACGACCGCGACCCGUUCGUUCUCCGGUGGGAGGCCCUGCGCCGCUCAGCGCACCUCCUGGGCCCGCUUAUUGCCGGCGCCGCCCCACGCGUCUCGGCCGUCAUUACAGACGUGACCCUGACCUCCCACGUCAUCCCCAUCGCCAAGGAGCUCGGCGUCCAGUGCCACGUCCUCUUCCCCUCCAGCGCCACCAUGCUCUCGCUCCUUGCUUACACCCCUGUACACAUCGACAAGAAGGCCGAGCAGGGGAGUGACAUCGGCGACGUCGACAUCCCCGGUGUGUGUCGCAUACCGCAGUCUUGUCUCCCGCAGGUGCUGCUUCACCUCGACAAACUCUUCACCAAGCAGUUCAUCGCCAACGGCCGCGAGAUCAUCAACGCUGACGGCUUUCUGGUGAACACGUUCGACGCCUUGGAGCCGGUGGCGCUCGCUGCCCUGAGAGAUGGCAAGGUCGUCCCGGGGUUCCCACCGGUGUACGCCAUUGGCCCACUCAUGUCGCAGCAAAACUCAGUUGACGAAGGUGGGAAGGAAGAAGGAUCGGGCUCCCCCGUUGCCUGGCUUGACGAGCAGCCAGCGCGGUCUGUGGUGUACGUCGCGUUCGGCAACCGCUGCGCCGUGAGCCAUGACCAGAUCAGGGAGAUCGCCGCCGGGCUCGAGGCGAGCAACUGUCGGUUCCUUUGGGUGCUCAAAACCACAACGGUGGAUAGGGACGACAGCGCCGUGCUGACGGAAUUGCUCGGCGAGGAGUUCCUGGAGCGAGUGCAGGGUCGCGGCCUCGUGACCAAGGCGUGGGUGGACCAGGAGGCCCUGCUGAAGCACCCGGCCAUGGGGCUGUUUCUAAGCCACAGCGGGUGGAACUCGGUGACCGAGGCGGCUGCCGCCAGCGUGCCGCUGCUGGCGUGGCCCCGCGGCGGCGACCACCGCGUGAACGCCAUGGUAACGGUGAGCGGUGGGGUUGGGAUGUGGAUGGAGCACUGGAGCUGGGACGGGGAGGACUGGCUGGUGACCGGGGUGGAGAUCGCGAAGAAAGUAAAAGAGGUCAUGUCCGACGAAGCGGUCAGGGCAAGGACGACGAGGACCGCCGAGGAAGCGGCCAAGGCAGUUGCAGAGGGUGGCACCAGCUACCGGAGCAUGGAGGAGUUUAUUUCCAGCGUCAAAGCAACCGUGGCGUCUUGAUUGCGUCGUGGGGUUCCUGAUUUCCACAAGUUUGUGUCCCCUACUCCCCUACCCUACCUUCCCACUGAUGGGGAGUUGUGACGUCGUUGUCGUGUGGCUGGUUGCAGUGUCAACCAAAACAGUUCUCACACACGUGAGUUGUUGGGAGGUAGGUAGCCUGUACUAUCACGUACCUACCCCAUCAAGAAUAGUGCGUCAUCUGUCAUCUUGUGAUGUCAUCUUGUAAUGAAAUAAAAAUAGUUGCAUUUUAAA